UCCUCCCAACCUUCACCUGCGUCCACGCGACGAACUGGAUCACUGCACAGCCACGUCGAGCUUACGAAGACCCGUCUUGCCUACCAUAUUCGUCGGACAAAGGACAAAGCAGACACCGCCUCUGGGUCUCGACUCACCGACACGCAUCCAUUUCGGGCUUAUAGCAACGGGUUCGAUCACAGCCUAGCAGAAGUUCCCAAAGAAGGAUACUCCCUUGUGCAUUGUCCAACGUAUAUAAACCGCAGCGAUGUCGCCUCGAACGUCCGUGUCCUCGUCUUCUCAGUCCUCCGGGUCCUGCACUGGAGGAUCUAGCGGUUCUUCUGGUCGUCUCGGCUCACCUUCCUCAUCCGACAUGUACGGCACCAUGCGCUCUCGGAAAUCUGGCAAUGGAGUUGCCACGAAGGAGCAAGCCGUCGGGUCAAGCGAAGUGAACAAGGACUCUUGGGCCGCCGAAAUCAAUGGCAAAAUCAACGUAUUCGACAAGAGUCUGGUCGAGUUCUUCGACACCUAUGUUCCAUGCGAGGCCGCAUCUCGUGCCGCGCGCCCAUGGAACGACCCAGCGACUCCCUUCAAGACUGUCCCUACCACAGGACGGGAGACUGAGAUGUACCCGCAUAUCAUCAAGGGCCUUGAAAGCAUAGUGCGCAAAUUCAAGCCCGCGCGCAGACCUCGGUUUGCCAACGGCAGCAAACGCGCUUUGCGGUUUCCCUACUCGGCAUGGGAAGACGAACACAAUUAUACAUUGCCAGACAUUCUCAUGUCGUUUCCCGCCGAGGCCGAUGCAGACUGGCACUUGAACUGGCGUCGGAUUGCGAUGGCCAUCGAAGUGAAGCCGACAAAACGCGAGGAUCCGAUCGGGCUGCGCGGUGUGAAGUACGGCAAGGAGGCAACAGGCGUACUCACGCAGAUCGCGAAGAGUGCGCGGAACCUCAUGCUGACGCAUGGGAUGCUCUACGUCUACAUCGUUGGUAUCUACUGUGACACGGCUAGGAUCUACCGGUUCGACCAUGCGGCAUGCGUCGUCUCAAGGGCGUUCAACUACAAGACGGAUCCAUCGCCUCUCCACGAAUUGCUCUGGCGUUUCUGCCACCAUCGGGAACACAACAGGGGCCGAGCCAACGCACCCCUCGUUCAUAUGGUUCUCGGCGCGGAUCCGUCACUUCAGCCGGCCACGGAGGAGGAAGUCCAGCUGGCCAACGAGAGGUGCGUGGAGGCAGGGAAGAAUCGCCUUACGGAGGAAGAGAAGUCGGCGUGUCGGUGGAUGACGGUGAUAAGGUACAACAAAGACGGCUCGGAGGCAGGGACGACGAGGUACCUGCUCUACCGACUCCGUUUCAUGAAUCCUCGGCUGUUCUCGCGUUCGACGGCGGUCUGGGACGCAUUCGAGGAAGGGACGUGGGAGCCCCUCGUGAUCAAGGAGGCCUGGAGGCAACUCGCUCGUGACCGGGAAGACGCGCUAUACGAUCGCCUGCGGCAUGCAUUCGACCCUCAAAAUCGACCGUGGUGGGCGAACGUCGCCGACUACGUUUUCCUGCACCGCAACGACGAGGACAAACCGACGUUGCCGGACGGCGGUUUCAAACUGGAUGACCAAGGCUGCCCCAUACACUCGGAAGACUUUGAUGAACUCGAAGCGGAGGCUGAACUCGAUGCUGCCGCCUCAGAGCUGUAUGGGCUUCCGAGCGUGACGUUUUCGGAUGACCUCGGUGCGCGCGCGGCGGCCAAGCUCCUUUCAAAGCAGAGCGACUCACCACCGGAGGCAAGCGACGAGGCCAUAGACGCCCUUGCUAGCGGCGUGGACCACCCGCCUGCGUACGAUGUGUAUCACCGUACAAUCUGUGGCUGGUUAAGAAAUGCGAACAAGGCCAAGUACAACGAACGAAGCCACACGCGGGUCGUGAUGAAGACGACCGGUCGGCCUCUAUCUGAAUUCAGGUCAACAAGAGAGCUUGUGAUGGCACUACGAGACGUUGUUAUUGGGCAUCGACAGUUGUUUCAGCAAGGUAUCAUACACCGGGACAUAAGUGAAGGCAAUGUCAUGAUCCUCGACGGAUGGAUCCCUGUUUUCGUUGGCUUCCUGCUCGACCUCGAUUACGCAUUCGACUGGAAGACAGCACUCAUGUAUGCGGGCUACGAUCGGAUCGAUGAGGUCACUUGGAAACGAUUUGUCGAGGAAUACGACAAGAACCUACCUCAUAUCAAACGCCCCGCACCACCAGAGAAGGAAAUACCUGUCCUCAUUGACAAGAAAAGGGACGGAAAGUUGAAAAACAAGGCCGAGCGGGAGAAAUGGACGAUAAAGAUGAAAAUGAAGGAACGAACUGGAACUCUGCUCUACAUGGCCAUCGAAAUCCUGUGCAGCUACGUUGCCCACGACGUUCGCCACGACCUGGAGUCUGUAUUUUGGCUCUUGCUGUGCAUGGUGGUGCGGCACACAAUUCAUACGAGCUACCCUGCGUACGAGCUGUACUUGGACAUCUUUGACGCGCACACCGAACGGGCAAGUGCGAAGAGCAAGCGAUCCUUUCUGGCCGGGCCCAUGGACUGGGAGGUCGAAGGCAACAAGCCGCUAACUACCCUCAUUCGCAAGUACAAGGUCCUCUGUCUUCGGAACACACCACGGGAGGAGUCUUCGAACAUUACUCCUCUGACCUACGAGAGCGUCUUGGACUUGUUCGAUGAAGCCCUGGCGGAUACGUCCUGGCCGAAGAAUGACCGUGCUCUUCCGUUUAAGAUUCCGUGCGAUAGCAAUGACUCUUCCGCAGGCAGCCAGACAAGUCGCGGCAAGAAACGUACCAGGGACGAGGAGGCGAGGACUGAUGAUGUGGAGGGUGACCCAUGGAGGCUGCCUCAACAUGCGUCGAAGAAAGCAAUGGUGAGGAGUCCCUUGGGCAUUGACACUGGCAGUUCCGAGUCGGAAGGCAGUGUUUCAAGCUAGGUGGUAUGUGCGCAGCGUCGUGUUGUACGAGUAUCGUCGGGUCGUCUGUUCACCGUUUCAAUCUCGGACAUUUUCCCUCAUAUUUAAUCAUGUACCGACUGAGACACGCUUUGAGCCGUCUUUUUUGUAGCCUCGGAUUGUAUUUAUCAUAUGCUGACUUUCGUCGCGUUGCAAUGUAAUUCCCGUUCGUUCAUGUGUGAA